ACGUUUCAUCUCCACCUUACGUUAUCUUUUCAUCUUUUAUUUAUUUAUUGUUAUAAUUUAUAACUACAACACAACACAAAACAAACCUCUUCAUCUUAUUUCAUAUCAUAGAUAUUUUCUCUCUCCCUCUCCACCACCGUCGGUGGCUCCAUGGAUUCACAUCCCUGCCACCUCACCACCGUUCUCCACCUCAUCCACGACCACACCAACCUCUCUUCUCAAAUUGGAGCCGCCAAAGAGAUCCGCCGCCUCACCAAAACCUCCCACCGGUGUCGCCGACAAUUCUCCGCUGCCAUCGGACCCCUUGUUUCCAUGCUCUCUUUGCAGUCUUAUGAUGCCAACGAGGCAGCUCUGCUUGCUCUGCUUAAUCUUGCUGUUAAGGAUGAAACCAACAAGAUUAGUAUUGUGGAAGCUGGUGCAUUGGGACCAAUUGUUAGUUUUCUUCAAUCUAUGGAUUUAAAUAUGCAAGAACACGCGGUGGCGGCUAUAGUCACUCUGUCUGCAUCUCCGGUGAAGAAGCUAGCAGUCGGUGCAUCCGGGUGCAUCCCAUGUCUUGUAAAUAUCUUAAACCGUGGCUCACCGCAAGCGAAGAUGGAUGCAAUGUUGGCUCUUUCAAAUCUCUCAACCGAACCGGACAAUCUUACAUUAAUUAUGCAAUCUAACCCGGUCCCUAGUUUAGUAAACAUCCUUAAAACCUCGAAGAAAUCAUCGAAAAUCACGGAACGAUGCAUCUCGGUUCUAGAAUCACUAGUUGAGUUUGAAGACGCGAUAGUUUCGUUAACUUCGGAAGAAGGUGGAGUGCUCGCGGUUGUGGAGGUUCUGGAGAGUGGGUCACAUCAAAGCCGGGAACACGCGGUAGGGACACUUUUAACUAUGUGUCAAACGGAUCGGUGUAAAUAUCGCGAACCGAUACUAAAAGAAGGUGUGAUUCCGGGACUUUUGGAACUAACAGUUCAAGGAACUUUAAAAUCCCGAACAAAAGCCCACACAUUGCUUCGGUUAUUACGUGAAUCACCGUACAGAAGACCAGAAUUUGAAUCCGAGACACUCGAGACCAUCUUGAGCAACAUAGUUUCACAGAUUGAUGGUGAAGAACAAUGUGGGAAUGCUAAAAAGAUGCUAGCUGAAAUGGUGCAAGUGAGUAUGGAACAGAGUUUGAGACAUUUGCAACAAAGGGCUUUGGUCUGCAAUCCAUCUGAUCUAUCAAUCACAGCUUCUUGUGCUUCUGAAGUGUCUUUGAAGUAAAUCUUUGUCAGUACUAGGUUUUUUUUUUGUCUGUUUGCUGUCCUGUUAUUACCCACAGAACAUGUAUGUUAUUAUUUACUAGCCAGUCCAGGCCUUGUGGUGAUGAGGUAUCAUGAGACUGGUUGAUGUUGAACUUA